AGUCCACAUGGACAUGGUAGAUUCAAAUUUUGGAAGAGGUUCAAAAAAGAACACGUUGUAAACCGCUUUUUCUUUGGCGUAGUUCUCUGCUUUAUCUACUGCUGCUACUACUUCUUCAAGUCGAACACCUAAACGCAAAGUGUUCAGUUACGAACAAUGGCUUCCAAAAUGGUGGAAAGUCAUGAAGCUGAAGAUUCGGAGAUAGAGAGGUUGGAGUCUGAUUUGAAGCAAAUGGCGCAUAAGAUUCUCGAUUACCGAGCAACUCUUCCAGAUCAGCUCAACGCUACACUUCGUUCCGUUCUUGAUGCUCACAGACCCUUUCUUCCACCUGCUGCAUUAGAACCAAAUGUUUCUAGAGAGGAAUGCUCAUCCACACAAGAAGAUCCAGAGACUGCUGAGAAACUAAAAUUGCUGAAUGAAAAGAUCUCAAGCAAUUGCUCUGCUAUGCCAAUUGUUUUGAAAAGGAUGAAGGACUGCAUCGCUAGGAUUGAGAAGUUAGAUUCAUACAAUGCUGCAAUCAUACAUCCGGCCUUCAAAAGGAAGAAGACUGGAUAAUUACGAUGUAUCAUACAUUAGUUAUUUAUCUGAACACCUAGGAAAACAGGUAAUCUAACAUUGACCAACUGGGAUUUGUUCAAUGAAGCCACGUGUUCACAUUUUUCUUAUGCUGCAAAUAUGAAGCAAGCUUCGUUUCAGAGGCAUUACAUUGUAUGGCCAUUUGUGAUAAUAGUGUGUAAAGCAUCCGCUACCUGAAGGACAAUGGAGUGAGAUAGUGAAGAGAAAGACAGGAUAUUGUGUAGUCCUUGCCCAAUUGUGUUUGCUUGAUCAUUAAAUGUAUGUAAGCCUUUUUCAUUUGUUGAACUUGUGUUCGCUUGAUCAUAUCAAUUGUAUGUAAAAGUUUUCAUGUGUUGAACUUAUUCUUUGUCUUAUUGUGAGCUUGAUCAUUUGAAAAUUCAGCUACCACAAUUUACCCAACUAGGGUGCUCACUGCUCAUUGCUACAGACAGUUCAUCAACUAUAGGAUUGUAUUUGGUGCCUAUGAGACCUGCCUGUUUACUCUCUAUGGUAAAUCAUAAUUUAAUGAAAGCUAAAAUGUAUUGAACUUGUAGCGUAAUGACAUCGAUAUAGCCCAUUUGUUUUAUCC